GUGCCCCUGCUGUUAGGUGACCCGAGGCCUGACCCCACAAGAUGCCAAGAAAAGAGGCUCACUACAUCUAUGGUUCCCCCAAGAAGGGGCACGGCCAUUCCUACAUCACAGCUGAAGAGGCUGCAGGGAUCGGCAUCCUGACAGUGAUCCUGGGAAUUUUACUGCUCAUCACCUGCUGGUACUGUAGAAGACGAAGUGGAUACAGAAGCUUGAAGGACAAAAGCAUUCAUGCUGGUACUCAAAGUACCUUAACAGGAAGAUGUUCAUGUGAGGGGCUUGGUCACCAGGACGCCAAACUGCCUUUUCAAGAGAACAAUUGUGAACCUGUGGUUCCCAACGCUCCAUCUGCCUAUGAGAAACUCUCCACAGAACAGUCACCACCACCUUACUCUCCGUGAGAGCCAGGAGGCCCCUGAGAGAUGCUGAAAUGAUUUCCCUCACACUUUUUGUUGAAUUUGAUGUGGACAUGUAAUGUUCUGCUUCAGAAUGCUGUAGAAACAGUGUACAUCAUCUCUACUAUUAAGCUGGCUGUUAAAUUCCUUAUAGGGCAACUAGCAAUACUGAUUGAGGAAAUGAUGAGAAAUAUUAAAAUGGGAAAAGCUUCGUCAAUAAACAUGGUAAUGGAUGAUA